AUGUCGUCUUUCCUCGGAACUGGAACCUUCACUCCGGGCGGUGUUAGUCCGUCUCACGCGGUGGAAUCAAGAGGAACUGAGAACCACGGCAAUGCGACCACAGAAAUCGACGAGUCCGUGCACCAAGAGCCUCACCAACAUUCCACAGGCGAGAAAUUGGCCGCCAGCUCAGCCAGCGCACUGAGCUCGACUGAAACAGCCCUGGAGAAGGAUGAGCGCGACUACGAGUUGGAGGCCGAAGAGGAGGUCACCCGUCUGGCUCAGCAGCUGACGCACCAGUCGACCAAGUACUCUACCCACAACAUCGAGAACCCGUUUAUCGACGUCAAUGAGGAUUCUUCGCUCAACCCCGCCAACCCCAACUUCAAGGCGAAGAACUGGAUGAAGAACCUGCUGGCGCUCUCUUCCCGCGACCCGGAGAGAUACCCUGCGCGCCAGGCUGGUGUCUCGUUCUCCAACCUCAGCGUCCACGGCUACGGCAGUCCGACGGAUUACCAGAAGGAUGUUUUCAACUCGGUAUUGCAAAUCGGAGGUCUUGUCCGCUCUCUCAUGGGGGCUGGCGGACAGCAAAAGAUCGAGAUUCUCCGCAACUUCGACGGUCUGGUCAAGGCCGGAGAGAUGCUCGUCGUUCUCGGUCGUCCUGGCAGUGGUUGCUCCACUUUCCUCAAGACGAUCGCUGGUGAAAUGAACGGUAUUCACAUGGACGAACAGUCCCAGCUCAACUACCAAGGUAUCCCGGCCAAGCAGAUGCGCAAGCAGUUCCGAGGUGAAGCCAUUUACACCGCGGAGACCGAUGUUCAUUUCCCUCAGCUAUCUGUCGGUGACACCUUGAAAUUCGCUGCGCUGGCCCGUUGCCCCCGAAACCGCCUCCCUGGUGUCUCUAGGGAACAGUAUGCCACUCACAUGCGUGACGUCGUCAUGGCCAUGUUGGGUCUGUCGCACACGAUCAACACACGUGUCGGAAACGAUUUCGUCCGUGGUGUCAGUGGUGGUGAGCGCAAGCGUGUCAGUAUCGCAGAGGCCACUCUGAGCGCCAGUCCCUUGCAAUGCUGGGAUAACAGUACUCGUGGUUUGGAUAGUGCCAACGCUUUGGAAUUCUGCAAAACCCUGAACUUGAUGGCCAAGUACUCUGGUGCCACCAUGGCUGUCGCUAUCUACCAAGCCUCCCAGAGUGCUUACGAUGUCUUCGACAAGGUCACUGUCUUGUACGAGGGAAGACAAAUCUACUUUGGCCGCACGGAUGAGGCCAAGCAGUUCUUCGUCGAUAUGGGUUUCGAAUGUCCUGAGCGCCAGACGACCGCUGAUUUCCUCACGUCUCUUACCAGCCCUGCCGAGCGAAUCGUCCGAAAGGGCUUCGAGGGCCGUGUCCCACAGACCCCCGAUCAGUUUGCGGCCGCUUGGAAGAACAGCGACGCCCACGCGCGGUUGAUGCGUGAGAUUGAGGAGUACAACCAGGAAUUCCCUCUUGGAGGCGAAUCGGUCAACAAGUUCAUCGAAUCUCGCAAGGCCAUGCAGUCAAAGAACCAGCGCGUCAAGUCUCCGUACACCAUGUCCGUUAUGGAGCAGGUCAACCUUUGUAUGGUUCGUGGCUUUCAGCGUCUCAAGGGCGAUGCCAGUUUGACGCUGAGUCAGUUGAUUGGAAACUUCAUUAUGGCAUUGGUUAUUGGCAGUGUGUUCUAUGACCUUAACAACGACACCAGUAGCUUCUAUUCUCGUGGAGCUCUGCUGUUCUUUGCUGUUCUGAUGAACGCCUUUGGUAGUGCGCUCGAGAUUUUGACUCUCUACGCACAACGGUCCAUUGUCGAAAAACAAGCACGUUACGCCAUGUAUCAUCCGUUCGCCGAAGCCAUUGCUUCCAUGCUGUGUGAUAUGCCAUACAAAAUCGUCAAUACGUUCACCUUCAACCUCCCGCUCUAUUUUAUGACGCAUCUCCGUCGCGAGCCCGGCGCGUUCUUCAUUUUCCUGCUCUUCUCCUUCAUCACGACCUUGACCAUGUCCAUGCUGUUCCGUACAAUGGCCUCCUCAUCUCGUACUCUCUCCCAAGCGCUUGUUCCAGCUGCUAUCCUUAUUCUUGGACUUGUGAUCUACACUGGAUUCACAAUCCCUACUCGGAACAUGCUGGGUUGGUCUCGCUGGAUGAACUAUAUCGAUCCCAUCGCCUAUGGAUUCGAAAGUCUGAUGGUGAAUGAAUUCCACGGCCGCUCUUUCCCCUGCGCCGCAUCUGGACUGGUCCCAGACUACGCUUCCAGUGAUAUUGUCAACCAGGUCUGCGCUGUUGUGGGCGCAACCCCCGGUCAGAGCGAGGUUGACGGUACUACCUAUCUCCGCGAGAGUUACCAGUACACCAAGAGCCACGAGUGGCGCAAUCUGGGUAUCAUGUUUGCUUUCAUGGCCUUCUUCUGCUUCACACACCUGACUACUACUGAGUACAUUUCCGAGGCCAAGUCCAAGGGUGAGGUUUUGCUCUUCCGCCGCGGUCAGACUCCUCCCGCCACCGACGAUGUGGAGACCCACAGUCCCGUGACCGCGGGUGAGAAGGUCGACCAAUCAAACCACGACACUGCCAACAUCCAGAGACAGACAGCCAUUUUCCACUGGCAGGACGUGUGCUACGAUAUCAAGAUCAAGAAUGAACCCAGGCGCAUUCUAGACCACGUCGACGGUUGGGUCAAACCGGGAACUUGCACUGCUUUGAUGGGUGUUUCGGGUGCUGGUAAAACUACGCUGCUUGAUGUGCUUGCUACCCGUGUGACUAUGGGUGUUGUCACUGGUGAGAUGCUGGUAGACGGCCGUCCUCGCGACCAGUCUUUCCAGCGCAAAACAGGUUACGUGCAACAACAGGAUCUUCAUCUCCACACUACUACUGUUCGUGAGGCAUUGCGCUUCAGUGCUCUGCUUCGUCAGCCGGCCAAGACCCCCCGCCAGGAGAAACUCGACUACGUUGAAGAGGUGAUCAAGCUUCUUGGAAUGGAGGCAUACGCGGAUGCUGUUGUCGGUGUUCCUGGUGAAGGUCUCAACGUUGAACAGAGAAAGCGUCUUACCAUUGGUGUCGAACUCGCUGCCAAGCCCCAACUUCUUCUCUUCCUCGAUGAACCCACCUCCGGUCUUGACAGUCAGACUUCCUGGUCUAUCCUUGAUCUUAUCGACACUCUCACGCAGCACGGCCAGGCCAUUCUCUGCACUAUUCACCAACCUUCUGCCAUGCUCUUCCAACGUUUCGAUCGAUUGCUAUUCCUCGCCAGGGGUGGUAGGACAGUGUAUUUCGGUGAUAUCGGUGAAAAAUCGUCCACUCUGGCCAGCUACUUUGAAAGGAACGGUGCUCACAAGCUCCCCGUCGAGGCCAACCCUGCCGAAUGGAUGCUUGAGGUCAUUGGUGCUGCGCCUGGAUCUCACAGUGAUAUUGACUGGCCUGCUGUCUGGCGCGAGAGCCCUGAACGUCAAGCCGUGCACCAGCAUCUGGCCGAACUGAAGCAGACCCUUCCCCAGAAGCAUACCGAAACCGCUGAACCCGACCCAUCUGAACUCAACGAAUUUGCCGCUCCCUUCUCCGCUCAACUGUGGGAAUGUCUCCUCCGUGUCUUCUCUCAGUACUGGCGCAGCCCUAUCUACAUCUACUCCAAGGCCGCACUGAGCAUCUUGACUUCGCUUUACAUCGGUUUCUCUUUCUUCAAGGCAGAAAACACCAGGCAGGGUCUUCAGAACCAGAUGUUCAGUAUCUUCAUGUUGACCACUAUCUUUGGUAACCUUGUCCAACAGAUCAUGCCAAACUUUGUCACACAGCGUGCCUUGUACGAGGUCCGCGAGCGUCCCUCCAAGGCUUACUCUUGGAAGGCCUUUAUGACAGCCAACAUUAUUGUCGAGCUCCCGUGGAAUGCUCUUAUGGCUGUGAUCAUGUUUAUUUGUUGGUACUACCCCGUCGGCCUCUACCGCAACGCCGAACCAACCGAUGCCGUCAAUGAACGCGGAGCCCUCAUGUUCUUGCUCAUCCUCACCUUCCUCCUGUUCACCUCUACCUUCGCGCACAUGAUUAUUGCCGGUAUUGAAACCGCCGAGACAGGCGGUAACAUCGCCCAGCUUCUCUUCUCCCUCUGCCUCAUUUUCUGCGGUGUCUUGGCGGGCCCCUCCGUCCUCCCGGGCUUCUGGAUCUUCAUGUACCGAGUUUCUCCUUUUACCUACCUCAUAUCAGCAAUGUUAUCAACGGGAGUCUCUGGAACCGAUGCGUACUGCGAGCAGGUCGAAUUCGUGUCGCUCCAGCCACCCGCCAACUCGACGUGCUACGAAUACAUGGGUGAAUACAUAAGCCGCAUGGGCGGGUACCUCCAAAACGACAACGCCACCUCCGACUGCCAGUUCUGCCAAAUCUCCUCGACGGAUACAUUCUUGGCCUCCGUCUCCAGUAACUACGACGAUGCCUGGCGCAACUUCGGUCUCAUGUGGGUGUAUAUCGCCUUCAACAUCGCGGCAGCCGUCUUCAUCUACUGGCUUGCGCGCGUGCCUAAGGGGAACAAGAACAAGGGUUCCUCUUAG